AUGAGUCACACCUUUCUUACCUGCGCGAUCACGUGAUCGCUGAGGAAUGAGUUGCAGUCUUGGAGUGUGUCGGUUCAAAAAGGAAAGGAAGAAAAAAAAAGAAAAGAAAGAAAGAAAGCCUCCAUCCCCGUGUGUGUAUAAUGGGUCUGUAGGAGUAAAGCUUCUCCUCGCCCGACCUGUUUUUCCAGUUUGAUUGAGGACACUCACACAGAAGAGCUCUUCCACACUGACACGGAGCGAACAUGGAGCAAUAAAACACACCAAACACCUUCAGAGGAUCCACACAAGUCCAUUUGAGAUCGUGGGACUCUCAAGAUGAGCGCUCGACAGCGAGGAGGUUCCCAGGGUUCCCUGGAUGAGCCGGAUGAUGAGGUGAUGCCCUACAGUGACGAUGAGACGGACGAAGAGUUACAGUCAGAAGAUGAACUGGAACGUAUAGACCAGCUACCAGAACCGGAAACCAGACCCGCACCUGUUGCCGAGGCCAAUUGGAGCAUCCGCGCAAAUGACAGGGAAUACUGCAAGCGACCCGAGUUUCAGAAAAAGGUCUUUCUGUGCAUCAAGAAAAGCAGAUACUCUGGCAAUGCGAUCAAGACAUACAAAUACAACGCCUUGACCUUUCUGCCGCUGAACCUGUACGAGCAGUUUAAGAGGGCGGCCAAUCUCUACUUCCUGUGUCUACUUAUACUGCAGAUCAUUCCUCAAAUCUCUACUCUGCCGUGGUACACCACCCUGGUCCCGUUAGUGUUGGUGUUGGGCAUCACUGCCAUUAAAGACCUGGUGGACGACCUGGCGCGACACAGGAUGGACAAAGAAAUCAACAACAGAAAAUGUGACGUGCUGCUCAAUGGCAGAUUUGUAGAGACCAGAUGGAUGAACCUACAAGUUGGUGACGUGGUCAGACUAAAGAAAAAUGAUUUUAUCCCGGCCGAUAUUCUGUUGUUGUCCAGUUCAAAUCCCAACAGUCUGUGUUAUGUAGAGACGGCUGAGCUUGACGGAGAGACGAAUCUGAAGUUUAAGAUGGGUCUCAAGGUGACAGACGAACUACUUCAGGAGGAGAAUCAGUUGGCUGGAUUUAAUGCGAUGAUUAUGUGCGAGGAGCCCAACAACCGGCUGGAUAAGUUUAUGGGAACGAUGAUCUGGGACGCUCAGAGUUACGCGCUCGACCUCGACAACAUGCUGCUCAGAGGAUGCAAGAUCCGCAACACAGACGUGUGCCACGGGCUGGUCAUAUUCGCAGGUAAUGACACUAAAAUCAUGAGGAACGGAGGGAAGACCAGGUUCAAACGCACCCGAAUAGACAUUCUCAUGAACUACAUGGUCUACUCGAUCUUUGCGUUGUUGGUGUUGUUGUGUGCUGGUCUGGCCAUCGGACACACGUACUGGUACGAGAGCAUCGGCACUAAGGCCUGGUAUCUUUCCGACGGCCUGGACCAAACGUCAUCUUACCGAGGCUUCCUCAGUUUCUGGGGCUACAUCAUCAUCCUCAACACCAUGGUGCCCAUCUCUCUUUAUGUGAGUGUGGAGGUGAUCCGUCUGGGUCAGAGUAAGUUCAUUAACUGGGAUCUGCAGAUGUAUUACGCUGAGAAGGACACGCCAGCCAAAGCCAGAACCACCACCCUGAACGAGCAGCUGGGUCAGAUCGAGUACAUCUUCUCCGAUAAAACCGGCACACUCACUCAGAAUAUCAUGGCCUUCAAGAAGUGCACCAUCUCAGGACGUACUUACGGUGAUCCCGCCAGUGCAGAUCGUGGAAAGCUUGUGGAUUUUAGCUGGAAUAAACACGCCGACAAGAAAUUCGAGUUUAAUGACCAAACCCUCAUUUCCUGCAUCCGUUCGAAGAAGGACGCGCAAGUACUGGAGUUCUUCAAACUCUUGUCCCUGUGUCACACCGUCAUGGUUGAGCAGAAAGAGGAUGAGUUGGUGUACCAGGCCGCAUCUCCUGAUGAGGGCGCUCUGGUCACGGCCGCACGCAACUUUGGGUUUGUGUUCCUGGCCCGGACGCAGGACACCAUCACCAUCAUGGAGAUGGACCAGGAGGUGACCUACACGAUGCUCGCUCUGCUCGACUUCAACAGCGACCGCAAACGCAUGUCCAUCAUCUUGAAAUUUCCAAAUGGUCGUAUCCGUCUGUACUGUAAGGGCGCAGACACUGUGAUCUACCAGAGACUUGCUCCAAAUAGCAAACAUAAGGAAACGACACAAGAAGCUCUGGAUAUCUUUGCGAACGAGACCCUGCGAACUCUGUGUCUCUGCUACAAGGACAUCAGUCAGGAGGAGUACGACACCUGGGCUCAGAAACACCAGACCGCCAGCGUCUCAAUGGGGAACCGCGAGGAGGCUCUGGAUGAGGUGUACGAAGAGAUCGAGAAAAACCUCAUGCUGAUUGGAGCGACAGCCAUUGAGGACAAACUUCAGGACGGCGUUCCGGAGACCAUCGCAAAACUGGCCAAAGCUGACAUCAAGAUCUGGGUUUUGACCGGAGACAAGAAAGAGACCGCUGAGAACAUCGGCUACUCCUGCGAACUGCUAACAGACGACAUGAAGAUUCACUACGGAGAGGAUGUGAAUGUACAGCUGAGGAACAGACAGACCCAAAGGCGAAACGACCCUCAAGGACGCAUUAAGAAGCUGAAGGAGCCAUUUUUCCCAGAGUCGGGCAAGAACGCCCUCAUCAUCACCGGAGGCUGGCUGAAUGAGAUACUGUACGAGAAGAAAAAGAAGCGCCGUCGCUUGCGUCUGAAAAAUCUCAGGAAACGACACACCAACUCCACCAACCCUUCGGACAGCAACCAACCCAUCGACGAUUGGGAGAAGGAGAAGAGACAGGAAGACUUCGUUGACAUGGCGUGUGAAUGUGGCGCGGUGAUCUGCUGUCGAGUGACGCCCAAACAGAAGGCCAACGUGGUCAGUCUGGUGAAGCGUUACAAGAAGGCUGUGACCCUGUCCAUCGGGGAUGGAGCCAAUGAUGUCAACAUGAUCAAGACUGCGGACAUCGGUGUGGGUAUCAGCGGUCAGGAGGGGAUGCAGGCUGUCAUGUCCAGCGAUUACGCCUUCGCUCAGUUCCGUUUCCUUCAGCGCCUCCUGCUGGUCCACGGACGCUGGUCCUACAUCCGAAUGUGCAAAUUCCUGCGUUACUUCUUCUACAAAAACUUCGCCUUCACCCUGGUGCACUUCUGGUUCUCCUUCUUCAACGGAUUUUCCUCACAGACGGCUUAUGAAGACUGGUUCAUCACCCUCUACAACGUUUGCUACAGCAGUUUGCCUGUUCUCCUCGUAGGCCUUCUGGAUCAGGAUGUGAAUGACAAACUGAGUUUACGGUUCCCGAAGCUGUAUCUUCCUGGCCAGCAAGGAUCGUUGUUCAACUACAGGAACUUCUUCAUCAGUUUGUUCCACGGUAUCUUCACCUCCCUCAUAAUCUUCUUCAUCCCGUACGGCGCGUUCCUGCAGACCAUGGGACAGGAUGGGGAGGCUCCGUCCGAUUACCAGUCAUUCGCUGUGGUGGCAGCCUCAUCGCUCAUCAUCACCGUCAACCUGCAGAUCUCAUUAAACACCUCCUACUGGACGUUCGUGAACUGUUUUGCGGUGCUCGGCAGUAUAGCCCUUUACUUCGGAGUCAUGUUUGACAUCCACAGUGCAGGAAUCCACGUCAUUUUCCCAACGACCUUCACUUUCACGGGUGCCGCGUCUAACGCUCUGAGACAGCCGUACCUGUGGCUGACCAUCAUUCUGACCGUGGCAGUCUGUCUGCUUCCUGUCAUCUGCAUCCAGUUCCUCCAUCAAACCAUCUGGCCCUCUGUUGGAGACAAGGUCCAGAGGAACAGGAAGAAAUAUGAGCUUGAGGAUGAAGAAGAGGAGAGGAGGAAGAAGAAGCCAGCAUUCGUGCGUGGCGGGCGGUCUCGUCGCUCCGCCUACGCCUUCUCGCACUCCCGCGGCUACGCCGACCUCAUUGCAUCGGGGCGCAGCAUACGCCAGCGGCCGCGCGUUCGACCUGAACUCAGAGACAGCAUACGAGAGGUUCCUCAGGCUGAAAACAUCUGAGACACUCUCCACCUGCUUAGUAGUGCACACUAAAUGUGCCUUUACCCUGUCAUAUCUGAGCUGCCCACUGGAACGGGCCAAUAGGAAGAGGCUAAGUGUCAUUUAAGGGGCGGGACAAAUGAAAGAGCCAAUGGGAAACGGGGGAAGAAGGGCUUUAAAGGGAAAGUACAAGUAAACACUCACCGAUGACCUGUACAGGUUUUAACGUUGUGCACUGCGCACAACAAAUUGUUCGUCUCAGGUUUUUAUUUUGUGUUUUUUUUUAUUUUGGAGUCACAGUUUUGUCAAUUUUUUUGCACAAGUACAAUUAAGGGUCCUGCCCUUCAAAAAAGAGAGAAAGUGUGUGUGUGUGUGUGUGUGUGUGUGUGUGUAUGUUUCUAAUCUCACCAACGAUUAAAAUGUUUUUGUCUUGAUACACUGCAAAAAAUAAUUUUCUAACAGUAUUUUUUCUAUUAAAAAUAACAAAACUUUCUCUAUAUAUAUUUAGUUGAUAAGCAAAAUGGUUUAAGAUAUAUAUUUUUACAUAUAUAUAUAUUUACAGAGAAUAUAUUUUAUUUCUCACCCCCUUGACAAGUACUUUUUUUUUCUUGCUUUAAGCAUAAAGCUAAAAUUCUUAAAUUUUAAGACAAAAAUAGUUGCCAAUGAAUUUUAAAAAAUUAAAUAUUAUGCAAUUUUGCUUCUCAAGUAAGUUCAUCUUGUUUAAGGAUCUUGUUUACAUAUUUUUACUGAAAAACAAGACAAAACUACUGAUUAAGAAAAUGAUUUUUUGCAGUGUAGUAAAGGGUGUUGAUUAGAUUUUUGUUCCUCUUUAGGACGUUUUGAAGACGUUUAUAUUGAAAUGUGAACUUGGUAAGGAAUUAUCAUCCAUAAUAUUUUUCAACCCUUUUGCAGAACGUCCAAGCAAAGGGCCGAAUCCCACAAACCUCACAAUGAAAUUCCCUCACGGUCUAAUCUUCAGGGUGUCGGUGUUUUGUUCUAGAUGAUGUUCCUAAUGAACCUUGAAAGAGUGAAUGAAUUUCCGAGUCAUGUUUACAUAAACACUCAUCUGUUCCUCAAGGCCUCCAUCGUCAGUGGAAACCGCUCAGUUUUUCAACAUAUGUCCCGUAAAAUCUGCCUAGAGGGUCAUAGGUCAUUUUUCAUGCACUCAUUGUGGUGUCUUCUCUGAUUUAAUGUUUCAUUGUUGUUCUGUGAGUUCUUUUUAAAUGGGUCGCUGACAGAAAUAUCUGUCUCCGCAGAAUGAAGCCUUAAUGACACUGAAUUUCGUUUUCUUAUAUCAUGGAAUCGACUUUGCACUUUGGUACAGGGAUCUGGGAGGCGGACAUAUCUUUCUCAUUUUAACUCUAGUUACAUGAAAACUGUUACAAAAUUUUAAAUAAUCAACCACAUGAUAAUAUCAUUUAUGAGAAAACACUAUAUUUAUUAGGCUGGUUGUUGUAAAUGUGCAUAUUGAACCGAAAAGGCUUUACGAAGCCAUAUCAGUCUGGCAGAUCUGCUUUUACACAGCUCUGUGGAUUGUCUGUCUGUAAUGUACUGUAAUAUACUUUGCACAAAUGUCUAUAAAUAAAGAAAAAUAUAUAGAA